UCCGGGAAGAAAAAGUGCCGUCUUCUUCCACGCAUUUUAAACGCCGAUUUACAGUAAUCGGAUAAUUUGUGGUCGAUUUCGUUUUGAAUACUGAUACAGCACAGAUUUUGUAGUAGGAGUUCAACUAACAGGUACUAAUGACUUCAGUCAUGGUUUCCGGUAACCCAGCAAAAGGGGGACUCGCAAGCGGAAAAGCGGAUCGAGCAGCAGACGACCAAAAGAAAAGCAACGGAAAACACGGGCUCUCGAAAUCUGAGUUUCUCCAUAGCAAGAAUAAUGGAAGGUGCUCCCAUCAAGUCCAAACACAGCGAUCCCGAGCCUUCCGCGGACAAGAAAGACGGCAACCCAAGUAUAACUUCGCGUCACCCACCGCCAUUUGGCUAUAAUGGAGGGACAGCUGGGCCGUUGAAGGGGUUGUCUAUGGCCAGUCUCUGGGGGGCACACCCCGGGGUCUCCCCUUGCCACCCCUGGGCAGCCUACUGGAGACACCACACUAGCAUGUACGCUAGCAUGCAUUGGCAGUUACUACAUCCUGCUUUUACCCCCACCCACCACAACGCCGAGAACGCGUAUCAAGCCACGAAAUUUUCCAAGACCGUAUACCCCUUCUCUCCCAGCGAAUCCCCAUUUCAUUUCACCCCGAAGACGAAAAAGCACAAGCCGUGUGAAAUAAUCAACAGGCCUUUUGAGCCCAAAGUCAAUGAGGCUAACGGUAAGACGCAGGCUGAUACGGAAAAGAACAGCGGAGGAAUACCCGCCUUGGACCCGACAGCGACCAAAACGCCAACGCCGGAAGAGUCCGUCGCCGGGCACAAACCCACAAAACCGCAGUCUAUUACACUGGACAGCGAAGGGGCUGCGAACAACAAACCUGGUCUCCCCACCGUCACCACGACCGCGGUGCCCGGUGUUAAGUCCGGCAAAACUUUUACCUGUCCGGAGUGCGGGAAGGUUUUCAACGCCCACUACAAUUUAACGCGCCACAUGCCCGUCCAUACAGGGGCGCGCCCCUUCGUCUGUAAGAUCUGCGGGAAGGGGUUCCGCCAAGCAAGUACCCUGUGUCGACACAAGAUUAUUCACACGACGGACAAACCCCACAAGUGUCAGUCUUGCGGUAAGGCCUUCAAUCGGAGUUCGACUCUAAACACCCACAUGCGCAUACACACGGGCUACAAGCCAUUUAUGUGUGAAGUUUGCGGGAAGGGGUUCCAUCAGAAAGGGAACUACAAAAACCACCGUUUAACGCACAGCGCGGAGAAACAGUACAAGUGUACGGUGUGUAAUAAAGCAUUUCACCAGAUUUACAAUCUGACUUUCCACAUGCAUACGCAUAAUGAUAAAAAGCCUUUCACGUGUCAGCUUUGCGGGAAAGGGUUUUGUAGGAACUUUGACUUGAAGAAACACAUGAGGAAACUGCACGAUCGAGAGUGCCCCGCCCCGGCUCUUGCUUCAACCGCUCCAAGUUUUACAUGCAGCCAAAACGGGACCGAUCCGAUAGACAGCUAUGCUUCGGCUACGUACGCAGCAAUGUUUCAAUUUCAGACUUUAUUUAGUCGCAAAUAUCAAAACAGACUCUAGGCAUAAUAUUAUUUGAGUUGAAUUUAUUGAUGACAUUUAUGACUCGUCUGUAGAUUUUUACAGAAGCAAACUAAAUAUGUAAUAAUAAGAAGAGAUAUAGAAAAACGCCAAUUUAAGUCACAGACCAAGUCGAGUUCACGGCUUUUAUUUUACUAGAAUUAUAUAUUUUCUACAUUAUAUAUAUCAAAAAAUUUUAUGACAAAUAUCGCAUAAUAUGUGUUUAAGAUGAAAAUGCCAAAGCACUGAGGCAUGUUUUAAAAAAAUGCAAAACUGCAUAAUUUUUUCUCCGUCGAUUUUUCAAAAAAAGGAGUAUUCCUAUCAAUUCCGUACACAUGUAUUUUAUAUGCACAGCUUUGUAAUCGUUGUAGUUCUUUUUUGCCAUUUCGUACUCUGCUUUUAUGCUUAUUUGAUACUGAAUAUUGCUCAGCAUUGACUUAGUAUUAGCACUAUUUCACUGUAACAUGUGGUGACAUAAAAAUAAUUCUCCUUAUUCAGUAGGUUUCCUGUUGUUAUUUUGGAACUGAUUUUCUCAAACUUUGACCUAUGCCCAU